UAUUACGACUCGUGGGUCGAGAGGGACGAAGAGUGUCGGCAACGGUUCACGCGUUACCUAAACACCCAAAGACCGGACAUUCAACGCCUGUUCGCACAUCAGUUCGCGUUCGCAAACUUUGCCGUUCAUUACGUUCAGCAGGAGUUGUGCUCAUUCUCGCUCCGGGAGGCUAUCGAUCGCAUAUUAGCUCAUUUUGAAUUAGACGAUGGUCAAUUAUUGCCACCUGUCGGCUAUUAUAUUAUGGCCGAGUUGUUAUAUGACUUACUUGUAGCUAUUGAUUAUUUGCAUACAAAUACCCCACCUAUUAUACACCGACAAAUUAACCCUGGUAAUAUUAUGAUUAAACACGAUUCUGAUGCCGGUACAUUUGUUAAGCUGGGUGGUUUUGGUUUGGCAACAGAGCACAUGAAUGAUGAUCAAUCGCAUACUGAGUGCUCGGGUGUGGACCAGUAUUUGGCUCCUGAGGUCCGUCAGGGGCGCCGAUACGACACAAAGUGCGAUAUGUAUAGUCUGGGCGUUACUGUUCAGCAUAUGUUUAAUUUUGAUGCCAACACUUUGUUCCAAACUGAACAAGAAUUAGAUACAAAUUACGAGAAGAUAAAGAAACAAACGUUACGUCUAUUAAAUAACGUACGAAACGGUCGGCCGUCGGCUCAGGACCUCAUUAUUAGACACAAUGAAUGGUCGAUCCCUUACGCGUCCGUUAGGGCACACAUACUGGCCGUCAUUGAACCCAACGGUUCAUAUGAUAUCGACAGACAAUUUGUUCAAUACUUUUUGCGCCACCUGCAGAAUGUGGCCAAGAGAUAA